AUGUCGAAAUCUUCCAAGAGCACCGGUCGGCCUCGAGGAUCGUUCUCUACCGGUGUCUUUCGGGAUGGACCAAAGCCUACCUUGGAUCCAUCGCAUGCGCUCUCACGCGAUCGAUCUGAGGUCACCGUCGAUGAAUCUCCGCUACGGCUGUGCGAGAGUUGCGAGGUUGAAAAAUCUCCUGGCCCCCACAAAGCGGGACGCACUGGGCCUGAUGGUCUUCCGCAUGAGAAGGCGAACCCAACUGUUGUCAAGAGGCUGCGAGACAUUUUGACUCCUCCUCGAGAGCAUAGAGAGCAGCAGAUAUUACACAUAGAAGACGAGGAUACAACGUGGUUUGGAAUGGUGCGCAAUAGUCAAAACUCGCCUGCCUUCCAGGACUAUGGUCGUUACUCUGCCAUCAUGGCGGAUAGUAACUCUGGCGAAUACAAGUACCGUUUCCCGCAACUUGUAUCUUUCAUUGGUCAGACCGGAGCAGGCAAGAGUACACUUAUCAAGAUGCUCAUCGAUCAACAAGAACGUAUGAGCCAGCCAAGGAACUGGAGUCUCCCGUCACCUGUCGCAGGAACAUCAGCAAACAGCAACGUACCCACUUCCGGUGACGUACACUUGUACAGCGAUCCAAGCACAUACAAUACCGAGUACCCGUUACUCUACGCCGAUUGCGAAGGUCUGGAGGGUGGCGAAAAUACCCCGAUGGCUGCGCAAUAUCGAAGUAGUGCGACAGCACCACAGAAAGAGAAAGGGAGGGAGGAUGUCGCAUUGGGCGAGCACCGAAAACGCCGCAAAGUCACCAAAAGCUUGCAUAGCACCCAGAGAGACAUCAAAUGGGCGAACUCUCCUGAUAAAUCAAAACGACAAUACGCUGUUACGGAACUCUACCCUCGCCUUCUGUACACAUUCUCCGAUGUCAUCGUGUUCGUUCUGCGCAAUGCAAAAACCUUUGAAUCUACAGUGUUGGGAUUGCUUAUCAAAUGGGCGGACUCUUCCUUUGAGAAGUCAGUGAACCAGCCUACACUCCCGCACGCUGUCAUUGCACUCAACGCAACCGACACAAAAGUGGAUCAGGAGGAGUGGGAUCCUGAGUACGCGACAGAGUUUCUUAUGUCCAACGUCGCCGGAGCUAUCAGUCGCGAUCCAGCAUAUCGUGAGCGGCGAGAUUAUUGGGUUGGAAGAGGCAGACGUAUUCGAACUAUGAAGGAUCUCCUUGAGUGUUACUACUCUUCGAUCACAGUUGUACGGAUCCCUGGCGAAGGCCGAUAUAUGAUGAUUGAUCAACAGGUAACGAAGCUUCACCAAGUCGUCACACACCGAUGCCUGGAGUCAUUCAACGCCAAACGACGGUCGCGCAUGCUUUCCAAUUCCGACAACCUCAAUGUCUAUCUACAAUGUGCAUUCGACCAUUUCUCGCAGGACCUUCAUUCACCAUUCGACUUCAUGGACAUUUCCUUCAAGAUCAACCCGAUACCUCAAGACUUUGGAGGUCAUGUCUUGAAGUUGGCCGUUGCAAUGAAAGCUCAAUUCGACGACCCCAGGAAGAUCUUCAAGGAACUGAGCCACAUGGUGACCUCUUGUAUACUUUUGGACUGCGUUCGACAGGAUCUCAAAGGAUCUGCAGAGCAGAUUUUGGAAACACAAUACAUGACGCACUGUGAUGGCGCUCUUGACGACUUUUGCGCUAUCUUCUGGCCGUGUUCUUUCAUCAACAGAAGAGGUGAACGAUGUGUCAAUGUAAAGGAGCGACAUGUGAAAGGACACCAAAACCAAAGAGGCAGCGUCAUUGGAUCUGGCCCCUAUGAGUCAGACUUCACAUUUGACAAGUUCUAUGAAGACUGGUUCGAAUACCUAAAGCAUUACCUGAUCGAAAACAAGUCAAAGCUUGAUUUGCAAAUGACGAAGUCUCCAACAACUGAGGAGGAUGCGGUCAACAAACUCCACUUGGCCAACGUUACCGGCUUCUAUAACCACAUGGGGGGCGCAAAGAACUUCGUCAGCCACACUACCUGUUUCUGUUGUUUAAGGGAACUAGCCGAGCAUCCCUUGCCUUGCGGACACGUGCUUUGCACAGCGUGUGUCAAAGGUUACGGCAGCCCACAUCGGGAACUCUCAGGAUCUUUCACUAUCGCCACAUGUCCGCUGCACGAUCACCAAGCUGUCUUUCCUACACCAGUAGAGAUCUACUUCAAGCCUCCACUGGCAGGCCUACGGAUUCUGUCUCUUGACGGAGGUGGUAUACGAGGGAUAGUCAUCCUGGAAGUCCUUCGCCAAAUACAACAGGAGCUAGGUGAUCAUAUCAAAGUCCAAGAAUUCUUUGACCUCAUCGUUGGCACCAGUACCGGGGGUAUCUUGGCGCUCGGUCUUGGUGUCAAAAAUUGGUCUGUAGACCAAUGCAGUCAACUCUUUCUCAGAAUGGUGGAGAAGGCGUUUACACCCAAGUUCUUUGGAGGGGUAAGCCUGGGAACUAACAAAUACCAUACAAAACCUCUAGAAGAAGCUUUCAAGGAGUGUUUCAAGGAUGAGGCCAUGUUUGGUGGGCAACGUGACACUCCAGUUGCUAGCGCGUGCAAAGUCGCUGUUACCUCUGCAACGGAGACUGCGGAACAAGCAGUCAUAUUUACAAACUACAAUCGCGCAGAGGACGAGCAAAUUGGCUACCAGUUGGUCCGACCCGAUGAUCCAAAGAAUGAUGUCUUGAUCAGAGAAGCUGCACGAGCAACCUCUGCAGCUCCGACAUACUUCAAGCCUUUCAGAAACGCACGUACAAUGGAGGGUUAUGUGGACGGUGCUGUCUUUCACAACAACCCAGUUCGCAUCGCCAAUUAUGAAAGCAAGCUUCUUUGGCCUGAUGCCGAUCAGCGACCUCCUGAUCUUCUUUUGUCCAUAGGAACUGGUCAACACGGCGCAGAUUCCGACAAUUCUCUGAAUGCCUCACGUUACGAUAGCAGGCGAUUCCAGAUUCGGAAGAUAUUCAGCCAGGUGAAGGAUACGCCACGCUUGAGACGAUCUAUGCCUGUACUGAGAGCAUUUCCCGAAGUCGAAUCGUGGCUUACUAUCUUCAAACAACGGGUUGAAAGUGCUUUGGAUGCGGAAGCCACAUGGAAAGAGUUCCGUAAAGACGUGGUAGGGAUGGCCCAGUACGCUGCAGCCGAGCGAUACAUUCGUUUCAACCCAAAGACCAUGAGUCGGAUACCCAAGAUGGACGACAAGUCGCAGAUCGAUAAUCUACUGGAGGAGAUCAAGACCGGUCUUCGCAAACCUGGCGCGCAGAAAAAGAUCAAGAACGUUGCGCAACGACUCGUAGCUAGUUCAUUUUACUUCGAGAGAUCUUGCCCUUCCAGGCCCACCGACGACCAUAUCAUUGUGCAGGGCAACAUCCAAUGCAGAUUCGCUGCAGGUGACGUACCCGACUGGAUUCAGCGUCGCAGCGAAGCAAACCGCGGCCCACCUAGACCCAUGCAAGACUUCCUGCAUCAAGAUCAGCAUCGAAACCUUCCGCCAACUUUUGUCGAGGACGUAAAUUUAUACGAGCUCGAUGCUGAACCACUUCUCACACCAGGCGCCAACGACAAUGCUAUACCACGAACAGUUUCACCGGGCGAAUGGAGAGAGGACUAUGGUGAGCAGGUUGCACGGAGCGAUGACGAUGACGACCUUGCAAAAGCGAUAGAGCUCAGUCAGCAAGAAGCAUUUUCGGGACCGAGGAGGACUAGUACAGGAGGGUUUGAUGAAGAUCAAAUUGCCGAAGCACUGAACAGAUCUUUGCACGUUUCGGGGAGGCAGUAA